GUGGCUCUGUCCCCGCUGGCCCCACGGCCGCCACCCCCAGCCCGUGUCUGUGCCCUCCCUCCCGCGCAGGAUGAGUUCCACCCCUUCAUCGAGGCGCUGCUGCCCCACGUCCGGGCCUUCUCCUACACCUGGUUCAACCUCCAGGCCCGCAAGCGCAAGUACUUCAAGAAGCACGAGAAGCGGAUGUCCAAGGAGGAGGAGCGCGCCGUCAAGGACGAGCUGCUGGGCGAGAAGCCGGAGGUGAAGCAGAAAUGGGCGUCGCGCCUCCUGGCCAAGCUGCGCAAGGACAUCCGGCCCGAGUGCCGCGAGGACUUCGUGCUGUCCGUCACCGGCAAGAAGGCGCCGUGCUGCGUGCUGUCCAACCCCGACCAGAAGGGCAAGAUCCGCCGCAUCGACUGCCUGCGCCAGGCCGACAAGGUGUGGCGGCUGGACCUGGUGAUGGUGAUCCUGUUCAAGGGCGUGCCGCUGGAGAGCACCGACGGCGAGCGCCUGGCCAAGGCGCCGCAGUGCGCCAGCCCCGGCCUGUGCGUGCAGCCCCACCACAUCGGCGUCACCAUCAAGGAGCUCGACCUCUACCUGGCCUACUUCGUGCACGCG